GAUGACAGGAGUCGCGUGUGUUCAUCAGUUGCAGCUCAUCGCUUGUGGAUACAGCGUAUGGGCUCUUAUGACUUGAUGGAGUGAAAGCAGACAUCACUUUUCUCUGAGAUGGAACAGUAAAAAGGGGAAAACUAUGAUGCUGCAGCAGGCAGUCGCCAAACCUCGAAGACAAGCUCUACGGGGAGCCGGUUACCUCUUCCGCUCCCAGUCGUCCUCCUGUCCUUCCAUGACUGAAGAACUUUUUUUGAAUGCUGCAGAAUACGGCAACAUCCCCGAGGUGAGGCGGAUGCUAGAGGAGCUACCAUUGCUCAAUGUCAACUGUGUUAACUACAUGGGCCAAAGUGCACUACAGCUGGCAGUGGCCAAUGAGCAUUUAGAGGUGACCAAGCUACUUCUGAGGAAGAAAGACCUCUCUAGAAUUGGAGAUGCUUUGCUGUUAGCUAUCAGUAAAGGAUACAUCCGUAUAGUGGAGGCUAUACUGAGCCACCAGGCCUUUGCAGACAGUCAGAGACUCACCAACAGUCCAAGCCAGUCAGGCACCCAUGACGACUUCCUCGCCUAUGAUGAGGAUGGCACACGCUUCUCCCACGACAUCACUCCCAUCAUCUUGGCUUCCCAGUGCAACGAGUACGAAAUAGUGCACAUACUUCUCAUGAAGGGGGCUCGUAUAGAGAGACCGCAUGACUACUUCUGUCAGUGCAGGGCCUGCAGCGAGCAGCAGAGGCACGAUGCUUUCAGCCUUUCCCAAUCACGCAUCAACGCGUACAAAGGACUGGCGAGUCCGGCAUAUCUGUCCCUCUCUAAUGAAGACCCUGUGAUGGCAGCUUUGGAGCUCAGCAAUGAGCUUGCCGUUCUAGCCAACAUUGAGAAAGAGUUUAAGAAUGAUUACAAAAAAUUGUCCACUCAGUGUAAAGACUUUGUGGUGGGACUCUUGGACUUGUGCCGGAACACGGAAGAAGUGGAGGCCAUCUUAAAUGGGGACGGUGACUCAUGUCAAACCUUUGGCAGACAAAACCUAAUCAGGUUAAAGCUCGCAAUAAAAUAUGAAGUUAAAAAGUUUGUGGCACAUCCAAACUGCCAGCAGCAGCUCCUCUAUAUCUGGUACGAGAACUUUUCUGGACUUCGUCAGCAAAACAUAGCCAUUAAAAUCCUACUUGUCCUCGGUGUUGCUGCUGGGUUACCUUUCCUGGCCUUCAUGUACUGGAUAGCACCUUCAAGUAAGUUAGGGAAACUUAUGUGUGGACCUUUCCUGAAGUUUGUGGCCCACGCUGCCUCCUUCAUGAUAUUUCUCUGCCUACUGGUUCUGAAUGCAGCGGACCGCUUCGCAGGGACAUCGCUGCUGCCAAACAUGACCGUCCACGAAUACCCUUCGCAGCUGUUUCGUAUGAAGACCACACCUUUUACCUGGAUGGAGAUCCUCAUCAUAUCCUGGGUCAUAGGGAAGAUCUGGGAAGAAUGUAAAGACAUUUGGACGCAGGACAUCCGGGAAUACAUCUCCGAACCUUGGAACCUUCUUGAUUUCAGUAUUUUGGCCAUAUUUAUGACCUCAUUCAUUGCCAGAUUAAUGGCUUUCUGGCAUGCAUACUCCGCCCAGUGCUUUGUUGAUAAGCACUACACUGACCUGACCAACAUGACCUUGCCCUCUGAGAUACAAUAUUUCCAGCUGGCUCGAAUCAACUGGAUGCCCUCGGACCCACAGCUCAUCUCCGAAGGCCUCUACGCGAUUGCGGUUGUGCUGAGUUUCUCUCGCAUCGCGUACAUCUUGCCUGCCAACGAGAGUUUCGGGCCCCUGCAGAUCUCUCUGGGAAGGACGGUGAAAGACAUCUUUAAGUUCAUGGUGAUCUUCAUCACCGUCUUUGUGGCUUUCAUGGUGGGCAUGUUCAACCUGUACUCGUACUACCUUGGAGCCAAAUACAACGACGCAUUUACAACGCUCGAGGAGAGCUUUAAAACACUAUUUUGGGCCAUCUUUGGCUUGUCAGAGGUGAAGUCGGUGGUCAUCAAUAUCAACCACAAGUUCAUUGAGAACACUGGCUAUGUGCUGUACGGGGUGUACAACAUCAUCAUGGUGAUUGUCCUGCUCAAUAUGCUCAUCGCCAUGUUCAACAGCUCCUUCCAGGAAAUUCAGGAUGAUGCAGAUGUGGAGUGGAAGUUUGCCAGAGCCAAGCUCUGGUUCUCGUACUUCGAGCAGGGCGGUACGCUGCCCGUGCCCUUCAACCUCGUUCCCAGUCCUAAAUCUGUCAUUUCCCUCCUGUUGUGGAUAAGGGAAUUUCUCUGGGCACAAAACAAGGAAAGCUCAAAUGACGAGACGGAGCUUAAUAAGUUGAGGCAACAAGAAGAUCUGAGUGUGGAAGAAUCACAUUGCUCAACCCGCUACCAAAAGAUAAUGAAUCGCCUCGUUAAAAGAUAUAUUGUCAAAGCACAAAGAGAUAAAGACAAUGACGAAGUACACGAGGGUGAGCUCAGAGAAAUCAAACAGGACAUCUCCAGUCUCCGCUAUGAGCUGCUGGAGAGGCAGAACCAUGAUCUGGAGACACUGGUGGAGCACAUUAGGGGACUGGGAGAUGCCAUGCAUAUUGAGCAGAAAGAAGAGUAGCAUGUGCAUACCUUAUAUACUGUACUCUUCUCAUUAUUGAGGAAUUUGGUCAGGGACAAAAAUGCCUUUAGAAGCAAAUUAACACACAUUUUAGACGAAAACAUACAAGUUCACAUGCAGAAACCUUAUUGUUUUGCAUUAGUGUAACUUUUGGAGGAUAUUCUCUUCAUUUCCAUCCCUGUACGACCACAUGGUGUCACUAGUGGAACUUUUUUCUUGUUGCACAGACCCUGAUACUGUGGCGUAGACAUGGUUUGAUAAGGGUGCUGUUUUUAAUCUUAAGUAGGGGAAAAACAAAUAAUCUGGUUAAUUCAUCACUAUACUAAACUAUAGUUAGUGAUAAUAGCCUUUAUUACUUCCCUGUGGAUGUCAUGUUGUUCUCUUCUUGUGACAUAACCUGAAAAUUAAAAAAAAAAAAAAAAAAGAUAAAAUAAAAUAGGGCAGUUAUAAACACACUCACUUUGCUGGAUUUCUUAAAUGUUAAGUGUUGAACGUUUGAAGCGUAAUGCUUAAUGAAAAUUAAACUGGCCAUUCUUUUCAA